AUGGUAAGAAGGGAAAGAAGUGAAGGAGGACAGGGUUGGAUGCUGGGUACAGAAAGAGUCUCAAGAAGAGGAGGACUAGGAUAUGAAUCCGAGGGAAGGGUGCAAACACUGGCGCACACCAGCCAAGGAUCCAGUGAAGAAAAUGUAGGAAGAAACAACAAUCUGUUUGGACAUGAUAAAGAGAUACCACCAGAAGAAAACUUUCUAUCAAACCGUACUGUAAGGAGAAGACCAGAAACAGAUGAUAACGAGUCAAGUGCCCAAGGACCAAGACCAAUUAGGCGGAACAACUCGAUGGAACAAGAAGUUCAUGAUCAACCACAACAAAGAGAAGGAAUGGAGCACACUUUGAAGAUGCUUCAUGACGUGAUAGCGAGACUAGCAGUCGGGAACUACGAGAGUCUCACCGAGCUAGUAGAAAAGGGUGUGAAUGUGGAGAUCGGAUUGGAAGCUGAGAAGGCGGCAAGUAAGAAAUCCAAGCAGCAUCAAGAAGGAAAGUUAGUGGAAACCAAAGAUCAUUUAAGGAUAGGCCAUAAGUCAAGUGAAUGCUUCGGGAAGAAACCUGGAUCCUUUCAGUCAAACUCCUACAAUCAUACAUGUUUCACGUGUGGAAAGAAAGGGCACAUCUCUACCCAGUGCAGCGUCAACCGUCCUAUCCCAGCUACGCCAAUCACUGUCCAUCCUCCUCCAGCUCCACCUGCAAUCGCACUAGCGCCAAAAAGGCAAGCUGUAAGAGGUAGAGUUUACGCUUUAGAACUAGAUGAUCCUAAACCUCCAGGCCCAUCUACGGGUCCCAUCACCGGAACUUUACAUGUUGCGGGGCGUUCCACACAUGUAUUGUUCGACUCCAGGACAACACAUAGUUUUGUGACCCCUGAGGUACCUGCCGAGUUUGUGGGUUCAUUUGUGAUUGACAGGAUGGAUGUGGCUGUAAUGACUCCCGGAGACCAAACCCUCCAAGCAAGAGAAUGCAUUAGAAGAGUUCCGUUAGUCAUUUGCGAGAAGAUGUUCUUGGCAGAUUUGUUGGUGGUGCCCUUAAAGGGAUAUGAGGUUAUUCUGGUGUUCUAUGAGAUCGGUCCAAGCAAGUAUGUGUCUUUAGUAGCUGCCUUGAGAGUGGAAGAUUUUCUCAAGGAUGGAAAAGCGUAUCUGGUAACAGUAACUGCUAGUGAAGGACCCGCUAGCAAUGAAGUUGAAAUUACGGAUAUUGCAGUCGUACAAGAGUUUGAGGAUGUGUUUGCGGCGUUAAAAUAUUUACCUUCACCUCGGAGUAACCCUUUCACAAUUAACUUGGAACCUGGAGCUAAGCUGAUAGCAAAGGCUCCUUACCGCAUGGCACCCACAGAGUUAGCAGAGUUGAAGAAACAACUUGAAGAUUUAAUGGAGAAAGGUUUCAUAAAACCUAGCUCUUCACAAUGGGGAGCUCCGGUCUUAUUUGUCAAGAAGAACGAUGGUAGCAUGCGACUUUGCAUUGAUUAUCGAGGAAUCAACAAUAUCACCAUCAAAGAUAAGUAUCCUCUUCCGAGGAUAGAUGAGUUGUUGGAUCACAUAAGGGGAGCAAGUUGGUUUUCAAAGAUUGACUCUGGAUCGGGCUAUCAUCAGAUUCCAUUUUCAGAAGGUGAUGUCAUGAAGAUAGCGUUUAGAACUCGUUAUGGACAAUACGAGUUCGUAGUAAUACCUUUUGGACUUACUAACGCACCGGCGGCCUUCAGGAGAUUGAUGAAUGAAGUCUUCCACGAUUAUCUCGACAAGUUCGUGAUAAUCUUCAUCGAUGACAUUUUAAUAUAUUCCAAGACAGAGGUCGAGCACAAAGCACACUUGAAGCUAGUGUUGGAACAGUUAAGGAACCAAAAGUUGUAUGCCAAGUUCAGCAAGUGUUGUUUCUGGAAAAGAGAAAUCGGGUUUUUGGGCCACCGAGUGUCUGGGGAUGGAGUUUCGGUAGAUUUGGAAAAGGUGAAAGCCAUUGAGGAAUGGCAAAUACCAUCAACGGUAACCGAGAUAAGAAGUUUCCUCGGGUUAGCCGGGUAUUAUCGAAAGUUCGUCAAGAACUUUUCUUCGAUAGCUAAGCCCUUGAUAAAGUUGACUGGAAAAGGAGUUCCGUUCAUCUGGGGAAAAGAAACGGAGGAAGCAUUUCAGAGACUGGAGAAAGCUUUGACCACAACACCGGUAUUGGCAUUAUCUGAACAAGAUAAACCUUACACUGUGUACGCAGAUGCUUUUAGGUUUGGGUUGGGCUGUGUGUUGAUGCAGGAAGGCAAAGUAAUUACUUAUGCAUCAAGGAAACUCAGGAAGCAUGAAGAGAACUACCCAACACACGACUUAGAAAUAGCGGCAAUGGUGCGAUGGACGGAGUUUGUGGUGGAUUACGACCUGAAGAUUCAGUAUCAUCCAGGCAAAGCUAAUGUAGUCGCAGAUGCACUAAGUCGUAGAAAGUUGGCGUUCGAUGUUGGAAAGGAAGUGGAAGCGUUAUUGAAUGAACUUAAGUUGAUGACUUUAUGGGAAAUUGAAGGAGAUCCAAGUGAGCCAUUAGGCAUGCAUGCAGUAAAUCAGGCGGGUUUACUCGCACGUAUCAGACAGGAGCAACAACGUGAUGAAACGUUAAAGAGAAUUAUUGAGGAAGUCAAGAGUUAA